AUGUCGUGGGCUCCUCUCACUAUGAACGAUGGUUGGAAUCGCAUCCCCAGGAUCGCCUACGGCACCUGGGGGCGCGGCAACGGAGAGGAGGCAAUCGCGUACGUCAGCAACGCGCUCUCUGUCGGUUGCACUCACAUCGAUUCCGCCCAAGUAUACAAGAACGACGCGGAGGCCGGAGCGGCUAUUCGUGCGAGUGGACUGAAGCGCGAAGACAUAUACAUCACCACGAAGUAUUCUAGCCUUGCGGAAAUCGACACGUCCAUACGGAACAGCUGUGAUUGGUUCGGCGUCGACUCCGUGGACAUAUACCUGAUUCACGGACCCAACCAUGCCAAACCGGACAUACCGACGAUCUGGAAGAAGAUGGAGGGCAUCAAGGAGGCAGGUUUGGCGAAGAGUAUCGGAGUGAGCAAGUUCAUGGUCAGCCACCUGGAGAUACUGUUGGAAAGCGCGAAGAUCAAAUCUGCAGUCAAUCAGAUCAUGGUUCACCCACAAGUCAUGCAUAUCCAAGGGCCUGUCAUCGAGUUCUGCAAGAAGGAAGGCAUCGUGGUCGAGGGAUACUGUCCUCUUCUACCUCUGAUACACUACUCCGACGGCCUAGUCGCCACGCUCGCACAUGAGAUAGCGCAACGCCUGGGUGUCAAACCGGAGCAGGUCUUGAUUGCGUGGUCAAAGUCGAAGGGCGUCGUGGUAGUCACGUCGAGCACGAAGAAGGAGCGCUUGGAGGAUAUCCUCUCUGCAGGAGAACUCGAGCUUUCGCCUGAAGACAUCAAGGCGAUCGAUGCAGCGGGAUUGGCCGAUCCUCAAGAACUCCCCACUCCUGCAAUGGUCAUGGCUCGUCAUAACUCAACGCGUCGCAACACACUCAUCUGGUUGAAGAAACGGCUGAUGCCUAUCCGUUGA